AUGCGCGCCUCAGUACUUGUCGCAUUGUCUUCCUUCAGCCUUGCGGCUUUGGGCUGCACCAAAGUCUCCAAGGUCACCCACACCUUUUACGGGUACCCAGAUAACGAUCCUCCCGGUCCGGCCACCGCCUACGACUGCGGCCGCGGCUACAAGGCUGGCGGUACAGGUACCUAUGCCGACCCUUUGACGUUUGCCUCGGCUCCUGGCGAAUUCACACAAUGUGAAAUCAUCUACGACCCAUACACGAAGAAAUAUCUUCGUUUCGAGGACUACUGCGCUCAAUGCACUACCGACUGGAACGCUGGCAUCCACCACAUUGACCUGUGGACCGGUAGCACAACUGUCAGCGGAGGUAACGAGCAGAUUGAAUGCGAGAAUGACCUCACGCCGGGUGAGAAGAGCCAGACUAUCGUGAGGCAGCCACGAAAGGAUCUCCCGGUAGAUUCGACUAAGCUUUACGUCAAAGGUGCCAGUCCGGCGUGCAGAACUAGCCACAUAUACCCCACUUACAACAUUGCCGAUUACUGCUAA